AGCGGCUUAAUUUCGAAAAGCGGUCGGGCCGCUAGCCCGGACUUAACACAUCGCAGGAGGGUUCGGCGCCACCAAACGACGAUGACCGUGGCGUCGCUCGAGUUCGGUAAGUUCGAAUCGUCCGAAAAGAAACUUUUCACCGCGGUGUGUUUCAAUUAGGUCGCGUCCGAUCGCAAAACGAACUCGUAACGCCCGUUAUGGGUUUCAAACGAGAUGACUGAAUAUCUCGUGGGCCGGAAAACGGCCGGACGUCGUCGUCGUCACCGGCAGAGCCGUAAACAGCGAAUAGUAAAAGUACGAAAGUGCCGGCGCGCGGACGACAAACAAGAAGACGGCGGCGGCGGCGGCGCGCGUAUUAAUAGGUAUUGCCGCUGCGGCCGUCGGUAUGCGAAUGAGAAAGGAAGAGGCGGACGAACGGGUUUUGUGCGACGGAAACGGCGGACGGCGACUAAAUAGGUCUUUGACCUCGGGCCGCGGCGGCGAUGACGGUGGGUAUACGUACGAAAACGCGCGUAAUGGCACCGCAACGGACAGCCGAAGACGCGCGGCCGCCGUCCCGCGGCGCGGCCACCGUUCUUCGGCGGCCGUGGCGCUGCGCACUCGUCCCGCGAGCCCGACGGAAACGGACGACCGGCGGCGCGCAGAAGGUCGACGAGACGCGGCGCCGGUGUACCACGCACGCGUGAUCGCAAUACCGCUUUUCAACCGAAACACGAUCUCGCGCGCGCAAAGAGCGGUCGCGUCCUCGUUCCACUUCGCGACCCGUCGUCCGCAGCAGCAGCCGCAGCAGCAGCAGCAACAGCGACAGCGCAGAUUUCCACGCGCUUCGCGCGCGGCCGGCCGGAUUACAUAA